AUGGCGGCCGUACAAACAUUGCCUCCGCGGACGGCUCAAGAACCUCCGCAAGUCGAAAAGCCCGCACUUACAGUGACCGGUGCCGUCGAUACUUCAGGGAAGUGUUUUGAGAAUGGGUCGUCGGGGCGAAAGACCGGCAGUAUUAUGACCAUUGUAGGAAGUGCGAUAGCCAAUUUCUCUGAUGGCUACCAGCAGAACCUGGCUUCGUCCACAAACAUAAUUUUCAAUCACAUUAUUGGUACACAUGUCUACACAUCCGCCAUUCAGACGCGCAUCUCAAACUCGUUAUUAGUGGGCUCUGUGAUCGGUAUUGUGUUGUUCGGAUACCUGGCGGAUAAAUUCAGUCGAAAAGGUGGAAUGCUCGCCACGUCAGGAUUGGUUGUUGUCGGUACUCUAAUGUCGACAUUGGCAUUCCAGGUUUAUAGCUCGCAGGGAGUAAAUGCCAUGCUUUGGUUUAUGACGAUUGCGCGCGGGACUGCUGGAAUAGGUGUUGGAGGCGAGUAUCCAACAUCAGCUGCAGCCGCACUCGAAGGUUCGCAAGAGCAUUUUGACUCUAGGCGCGGUCCUAUUCAAGUGCUUAUUUCAACUCUGCAAGCGACAUCUGGUUCAGCUGUGUGCACAUUCGUAUACCUCAUGGCUCUGGUUGGUAGCGGCAAUGAUUUGAAAGUCGCCUUUCAUGCUAUUUACUCCAUCGCCAUUUUUCUACCUUUGUUCGUGGUCGUCAUUAGAUGGCGAAUGCAAGAUGGCAUGCUUUUUACUCGGAGCAAUUUCAAGGAACGGGCAAUUCCCUGGACUCUACUCCUUAGACAAUACUUUUGGCGUAUUAUUGGGACAUCGGCUGCGUUCUUCCUUUACGAUUUCGUGAACUUUCCAAACUCGAUUAUGUCAUCAGUCAUCAUAAACUCGUUGGUCCCCGGCAAGAACGUCCGGCACGUCGCUUUAUGGCAACUUUAUCUGGCCCUAAUGCCCAUUCCUGGUGUGGUCAUUGGAGCAUGGCUAGUGAACAAGAUUGGUCGCCGCUGGACGGGUAUCGUUGGCUUGAUGGGAGGCUAUGUGAUUAUUGGCUUCAUCAUUGGCGGUUGCUACGACAAGCUCACGCAGGAUGCACUUCCUGCCUUUGUUGUUCUUUACGGUCUACUACAAGCAUUCGGACAUCUCGGACCAGGAGCCACAAUUGGCUUGAUCUCGUGUGAAGCAUUCCCUACCGCUGCACGAGGUAUGGGUUAUGGUAUCGCGGCAGGGUUCGGAAAAGCAGGAGCUGCAAUUGGCACUCAGGUGUUCACACCGAUCAGAGCUGCGGCUGGCCCAGCUUCGACGUUCUACGUAGCUGGAGGUGUUGGCAUACUCACUUCAGCCAUUUAUUAUUUCCUUCCUGAGGGGAAUAAGACCGAUCUUGAGCGGGCCGAUGAGGAAUUCGAGCGUCUCCUGGAACGCAGAAGCAAUGAUUAA